AUGUUGUUGUUUGCGAACCGUGCUCUGAUUGUUUAUGUUAGGAAAUACGUUGUCAGUACUGACCGCAGUGGGGACAUACAUGUUCAUGUUCAGGGGGUGAUCCCCCAGCGUAACCAGGGAGACUUGAGCCAACAGGACAGGAGAUGCGUGUUCCUCACAGUCCACGACCUAGGCACCAACCACUCGUCGAUGGUGGACUUUGUGAACAGUCCCGCAAUGUCAGAGAUCAAGGAGCGGUCGUGUUUCAUACACGUGGACGUGCCGGGACACGAAGAGAACUCGCCGGAUCUGCCAGAGUCCUACCCGUUCCCGUCGCUGCAGACGCUGGGUGAAGACGUGACGACGGUGCUGGACUUCCUGCAAGUGCAGUACGCGGUGGGGCUGGGCGAGGGCGCAGGUGCGAACGUGCUGGCGCGCUGCGGCCUCGCGCACCCGCGCCGGCUGCUGGGCUUGAUCCUGGUCAACUGCACCGGCUCCACAUCCUCGGUCCGAGACGCAUUCCGCUCCCGCUUCUCGAGAUGGCGCGGCACCGACAUCUCUCAUUCCGAGGAGGAGUUCCUCAUCUACCACAAGUUCGGACACCAAAUCGCAAGCGACACCUGCGAAGUGACGGAGCGCGACCGCGUGCUCAGCGAGUACCGGUCCAGGUUGCGAGGCAACCUCAACACGCACAACAUCAAGCAGUACGUCAGAGCGUUCAUCAACCGUAAGGACUUGAUACUUCGCGGCUGCCAACCAGACAUCUUGCUAAUCACGGGUACUUUGAGCCCAUAUGCCGGCGUAAUAGAGAAGAUGUACAAGGAACUCGACAAGGAUAAGGUCACCAUUCUGAAGAUUGACAAAGUUGGUGACGUGCUUGGUGAAGCUCCGGCGAAGGUGGCGCAAUCGCUGCUGUUGUUCUGCCAGGGCCAGGGCCGGCUGACGUCACUGCCUCCCCCGGGCGUGGAGCGGCGCAUGUCGCGCGGCAUGUCCAUGGAGGAGUACGACCGCCCCAACAUACGUCGUCUAUCCCUCACUCCUAGCGCGACUGAUACCAGGCCCCACCACACGUCUUCUCAUCGAGAAUAG